AUGUUGGAAUGCACCGACCACGUUCGAUUUGAACUGCUAGGUUUGUCUAAUCGCCGACAAUCUCUCAUGUAUGCUCUAGAAGCUGCAAGACUCCUCAACCGAUCGCUAGUCCUCGGAGAGCAUUUCGAUGACCCUUUUCCUGUCAUGAGAACACCCCUCGGCUUCUACUUUAACAUCUCAGUGAUGAAUGAUUAUGCUGCGAUCACCUCUUACGAGAAGUUCUUCUCGAGGAUGGAAGCUCGUCCUUCUGCUCGGACGGGCCCUGAAGAUUUCAAGAACCUGGAGCCGAUCGCUCCUGCCGACUUGACGUCGAGGUUCGGAGACAACAGCGAAGAGAUCGUUUGGAUCGACACGAGCUUCCGUCUGGUGGAAGUCGGGAGGGUGAGGGCGAUCUUUGACGGGAACGAGCGUUCUCGGGCACUUCAGGCGAGGUGUAGCUCCUGCAUCUCACGAGUUCAACCCAAUCGUCAAGUGAAAUUUCAGACCCUCCCGUGGUCGUCCUCUCAUCGCCUCGCAGGCAAAAUGGCUGGUCUCAAGAGAAACGCUCACAAACGCCUCAAAGGCAGAGCGCCUGCGCAGGAGGAUGAGGGGAACACCUCCAGCACAGCAGCAUCAUUCCACAGCCAAGCACAGGAGGGAAGAGGUCUCGUGCGCGGCUUGUUCCUCGCUUCCGAUGCCACGGAGGAGCAGCGGGAGCUGGUUGCAGAGAAGCUCCCGCUGCUGGACUUCGGAGAUGGGAUGCGCUCCGUGACGAGGCGGCUGAUCGAAGAGGAGGCGCCAGAGCUGGUGGCGACGGGAGAGGAGGAGGAGCAGGAAACCGCCGGGGAGCGGGAGGACUCGAUCUUGAAUGCCAUCUUGGAGCAGCUGGUUUGCGCCAAGGGGGUUGUGUUCAUCGGAACACGGAGGAGCACAUUCACAGAGACCAUCGUUGAGGAGAGAGUCCGCAACGGGUUCCUAACAGGCAGCAACUACCUUGUGCCCUGA